UUUCACAGAAGCCGUAAACAGAUCUUUUAACUCAGCAUGGCUCCUUACCCACAUGGUUGUUUAUUCAGUAGUGUGUAAUUUUAAUAAAACUGUUCGGACGACGUGCCUAUUAAGAGUAUUGUAUGUUGUGGUUUUACACAAUGGAAGUAGAAGAUCUGACUGUCGCUGACAAAGCGAAUUUGGAAACCCCAGGAGUAGAGAAUACAGACGAGGGUUUUACUAGUGUGUUGUCUAAGAAAAGUAGUAAGAGAAAAAGAAAACUCGAAGAUGGGCAAAUGGAUACUGACGGACCAGUGGCUAGCAAAAGACCUGACUUCCCCCCAAUUUCUGGAGAUAGAAUGUUGGAUGGGAAGGAAGAAUUUCGUAAAGUGCCUGUGCCCCCUCAUAGGUACACUCCUUUAAAAGAGAACUGGAUGAAAAUUUUCACACCUAUAGUAGAACAUUUGCUGCUUCAGGUUCGAUUCAAUCUGAAAACAAGAAAUGUUGAAAUCAAGACUUGUAAGGAAACAAAAGAUAUUGGUGCUCUAACUAAAGCAACUGACUUUGAUGCUCUUGCUCUCAUUCGGCUUGAUGACCUCUUCCUGGAGACUUUUGAUGUCACAGAUGUCAAACCCUUAAAAGGAGAUCACCUUUCCAGAGCAGUAGGAAGAAUUGCUGGCAAAGGAGGAAAAACGAAAUUCACAAUAGAAAAUGUAACUAGGACACGGAUAGUUCUUGCAGAUACGAAAGUUCACAUUCUAGGAUCUUUUCAGAAUAUUAAAAUGGCAAGAACAGCUAUAUGCAAUCUCAUUUUGGGGAGCCCCCCGUCGAAAGUGUAUGGCAAUAUUAGAGCAGUGGCCAGUAGAGCAGCUGAUAGAUUCUGACUUUGUUGUGGACUGUUUUUGUGAAGUAUACUUCACCUGCCAACCUAAGGCAAAGACUGAGUGACUAGAGGGGUCUGUUUACCUGCACAUCGAUCAUGAAACAAAUCGGAGCCUGUAUACGUACCUCAGUAUUUUAUGGAAAUAUACAUCAAAUGAAAAAACAGCAAUUUUACCAUGUGGAUGUUAUCCUUACUGACUUGACAUCUUUUAUACACUUCUGAGGACAAUAAAAAAGUACAAAUAUGAAUUUGUAUUGCUAAUAAAAAUGUGUUCUACAUUUCUGAA